UCUGUCAUUCAACAAAACACACUCACGCAUACACACGCGCACACUGACACACGCAGAGUGAUGAGAGGAUCGCUCCAUCGUGGUCAACAUCUGAGCGAGCGCUAAACACUUCUGAGGUUAAGUGACAGCGCUGCUCAUGUGAGUUUUGUUUGGUGAACCAGCAGAGGGUGAUCCGAGGUUCAUCUAUCCAUCCAUCCAUCUAUCCAUCCAUCCAUUCAUCCGCACGCAAACUCAGACAUUUCUCUCGCGACUGAAUGAUGACCGCAAAAACUUUGGAGAAGAGCCCUGUCACUUUCGGCAGUUUCGUGCACCCUCUGACUGAGGGCAUCUACUCACUGGAUGAGGGCACAGCGCUGCCAACCUCGGUCGCGAUUUUUCCAAACAGUGAUCUAGGUGGACAUUACGACCAUUUAAAUGGACUUGCAGCAGAUGGCUUGGUUGGCGGGGAUAUGAGCGCGGAGAAGCGCGCCGUUGAUCUGCCCUACUCCAGCAGCUUCGCGCAGUCGGCUGGUCCUCGCAGUCAGACGUUUACCUACAUGGGCAAGUUCUCCAUCGACUCCCAGUAUCCGGGCAACUGGAACCCAGAGGGCGUGAUCAACAUCGUGAGUGCGGGCAUCCUGGGCAUGACCCAGGCCUCAUCGACGUCCUCUUCGCCGUCCUCCUCCUCCUCGGUGUCUCCGGCUCACUUCUCCAGCACGCUUAGUUGCACGGUGGCUCAGGGCCAGACGGACAUGGAGCAGCAGCACAUCUACUCCCCUCCUCCUCCCUAUUCAGGUUGCGCGGAGGUCUACCAGGACCCGUCCGCUUUCCUGUCAACGUCCACGUGCCCUAUCACCUCGUACCCGCCGCCAGCCUAUUCCUCCCCUAAACCCUGUACUGAUGCCGGGCUCUUCCCCAUCCUCCCGGACUACACCGGCUUUUUCCAACCCCCGUGCCAGCGGGACGUGCAGUCCAUGCCCGAGCGCAAACCUUUCGCAUGCCCACUCGAGCCUUUCCGGGUGCCGCCGCCCCUUACCCCACUCAAUACAAUCAGGAACUUCACGUUGGCUGCACCGGUGGCCGAGGGAGCGCGUCUCCCCGCCGCGUACAGCCCACAGAACCUGCCACUAAGGCCCAUCCUGCGCCCGCGGAAAUACCCAAACCGGCCCAGCAAAACGCCUGUGCACGAGCGCCCGUACCCAUGCCCUGCCGAGGGCUGCGACCGUCGCUUCUCGCGCUCGGACGAGCUCACCAGGCACAUCCGCAUCCACACGGGACACAAGCCGUUCCAGUGCCGCAUAUGCAUGCGCAACUUUAGCCGCAGCGACCACCUGACCACACACAUCCGCACGCACACGGGCGAGAAGCCGUUCGCCUGCGACUACUGCGGCCGCAAGUUUGCGCGCAGCGACGAGAGAAAGCGGCACACCAAGAUCCACCUGAGGCAGAAGGACAGGAAAGCAGCGGCGUCCUCGUCCACCUCGAACUCCUCGGUUUCCGCAGGGGGCUCAAACUCCACGUCCGGGAUCAGCCAAUGAGGAUUCUGGUGCGCGCAACCUGCCUAGAUUUGGAGAGGGUCGCAGCACUCGCAGCCCAAUCCUCAGCACCGAACCGAGGGAACUCUUCAAAGUGAUUACUUCUGCAGGUGCACAUGGACCGGUGCGAACACUUCAGGUGUCCAAUUCAGAGCGGAAAAAGGAGGGAGAGGGAGGACAGAGAGAGCCGGGAAAAUUGACCUGUACCUAUUUUGGAUGAGGGACACUAACAGUGCGCGUCCUUACCUGACUUUCUCAGUCACAUGUUGACUGACUAAACGCACUUUCUUUGUAUAUUUCGGUGAAAUAAUUUAAUGGAAUAACUUUAAACAGCAUGUGGGAGUGUACGUAUUCUACUGACAAUGUGAAAUGUCCUUUUUGGCCAUAUGAGAUUGGGCUGUAAUGAUAAAGCCGCUGUCUCUGCAAUAAGUCGGAACUGUUCAUCUAAUGUGUGAAAUGAAAUCUAACUCUCUCUUUCCAUCUGUUUUUUUGUGUGCCUUCGUCCUUUCUUUUAUUGUACAUUAACUGAACAUGUACGGAGGCAUUUAAUAAACAGUGUACAGUGGAUCUUUUAACAAUUUUGUUUUUGGAAAAAAAUGAAAAAUCUCUAUUUUUGUACAAUGUUUAUUUGGUGUUUAUUUGUUUCAUGGUGAAUAGGAAAAAAAAGUCAAUGUAAAUAAUAGAUCUCAUUGUUUUGUGAUUGUAAUUAUAAUUAGAAUGAAAUCACUAAUGCAGGUUAUUAACUUUCUGUCAUCAUUAAAAAACAACAUAAUCAAUAAAACACAGAGUCUGACAUGUU